CAAUUAUCUAGUCUAACUUAUUCGUUUCGUCCAACUAACAGAUGACUUCGUUUUGAUUCAAGGGGAUUUAAAGAGAUUAUAUUUAAUUAAAUCAAAGUUUAACUGAAGUUUUUCUGAAUCUUUUAUUCUGUAGAUCUCUUCCGGUUAGCUUAGCCUGUAGUUUCGCUCAGCCUCUUCGGAUCCGUGAAGAAGUGGCUUUUUAAAAGCUCCAACAUGGAGGACAUGUACGUUAAACCCGGCAACCAGGAGCGGGGCUGGAAUGACCCCCCUCAGUUCUCCUAUGGGCUGCAGAUGGCCCGCGGACCUCCGAGGACUGCUUUGAACAAGAGAGCCGUCCCCGCGCUGAGCUCAGGUGCAGAGGCAUCGCCCACCGCUCCUUCCCCCUCCAGACCCAUGGCCCCGCCCAUGUGUGGAAUAGCUCCGCCUCCUCUCCCAGCUGGACCGCCCCCUGCUGGCCUGGCUACGCCUCCUAUUCACGGGGGACCAAUGAGAUCACAGAGUGAGGCAGACGGCAGCCAAUCAGAGCCAGAUAUAGAGGUUGUGAUGUCAGUGUUGAACCGAGCACUGGAUGCCUGUAGACAGAGUGUCAAAGUUCAGGUGUGUAAUGAAGUGGCCAAGAGGCUCCGCCUCUUGGAGGACAGUUGGAGGUCAGGGAAACUCAGCCUCCCCGUCACCAGGCGCAUGGAAACGCUGAGCCAAGCGCUGCAGUCAGGUCGUUGGGACUCAGCCGAUGAGCUCCAUCGCUCUCUGAUGGUUGACCAUGUGACUGAGGUCAGCCAAUGGAUGGUCGGCGUGAAAAGGCUCAUUGCUGAAACCAGAAAUCUGAGUCCAGAACAUCUAAAACCACUUCAGAGUUCAGCAGAACCAGUCCAGGAGUCCACCAGAGGUGUUGAGGACUCUGUAGAACCAGACCAGGACACUGAAGCAGAACAAGGCCCUGAAGAAAUGGACCUCCACCCUGUGGAACCAGUCCAGGACCUGGUAUCCCAGUCCUGAGUGUCCCAGAGGUUCUUUUGUUGGACUUUAGUUAAAACUGAUGAGGAUUUUGAUGCGAUUCUUAAGAAGUUCUAUUCCAGACCAGUUCUGGAUCAUGAAGCUGUUCUAUUUCUCUGAGUGGUUGGGCUACCAAUUCCACUUUGGUUCUGUUGAGCUGGUUUCGACUCAGGGCUGGUGUUCCUACUGUUGGCAUGAAGGGUUUUGGUCCUGUCUGGUCCUCCUUUUAGAACUGGACUCUCCUGACUGAAGACCCAGUCAGAACACCUGGUACCGCGGGCUACAGUUCUGGCUGAAAACACUCCUUUAGUCAGAAACACGAUCUCUAGAUUCUUUUGAAUAAAUUCAUAAUGAACAGAACCUGGUUUCUUUCUUUAACUCAGGAAUGGCUCUAGAUCCCUUAGACCUGGUCCCAUCUCUAAAAGAUUAAAUCUCCUAAUGUCAGAUUAAACCUCCUACUUUCAGAUUAAAUCUGUCAGAUUUAAUCUACUGUCAGAUUACUGCGAGGUUAAACCUAGUAUCAGGUUAAACUCUCAAGAUUAUGUCUCCUACUUUCACAUUAAAUCUCCUACUCUCAGAUUAAACUUCUUAUUGUCAGAUAAAUCCUCCUACUGUCAGAUUAAAUCUUUCAAAUGUAAUCUACUGUCAGACUAAAAAUGUCAGAUUAAACCUCUUACAAUCAGAAUAAAUCUGCUUUCAGAUAAAAUCUACUGUGAGAAU